AUGUCUGCAACUCAUACUGGUAUUGGACUAAUCCUUCGGAAUUUUGCAGGUACCUUUGAACUGGGAUGCUGCUUCUAUGAUAGUGGACACCUAGAUGCGGAGCAUGCAGAGGUGGAAGGUUUGUUGCGAGCUAUACGAUGGGAAAAAGAACUCAAUCUGCAACAUGUUUGCUUUGAAACUGAUGCACAGAACGUAGUGGCAGCAACAAAUGGAGAUCCAACUAAAGUUAGAUGGGAAACACAAACACUCAUUCUUGAAGUUAUUAGUCUACUUAGCAAGAAUCCAUUAUGGACUUGCAAUUAUAUCCGUAGGAAGUUGAAUAAACCAACAGACACGCUGGCUAAGCACUCUAGGAAGUUUCAUAUUAGUAGUCAGUGGAUACAAUAUCCACCAAACUUUAUUGUUGCAGCUUUAAAUGCUGACACACACCUUAGCGAAGAGGUGUGGAUCAAGGUGAACACAUGGGUUGAGAAGAAUACUAAUGGAUUAAUACGAGAUCUUAUUCCUGAUAAUGGAUCAGUCAAUGAACAUACAGAACUUAUAUUGGCGAAUGCAAUCUAUUUCAAAGGAUGUUGGAACCAACAUCAAUUUGAUCGAAUGCUAACCAGGAAAUCCAAUUUCUAUCUCCUGGAUGGGGAAACAACAGUACAAACUCCCUUCAUAUCGUCGAACGGAGCGCACCAAUAUAUUACUUGUUAUGAUAGCUUCAUAGUACUUAAACUACCUUACAGAUGUUCGGGAUUAACAAAUCAAAAUGCUCGUCUCCAUGAACACACUGGUAUAAGGUUUUCUAUGUAUAUAAUUUUACCUAAGCAACGAGAUGGGCUUGGUGAGACUAUAACAAACGUGAGCUCUGAUACAACUGGUUUUCUGCGUAGACAUGUCCCAGUCUAUCCGAGAUUGGUUCUGACUGGAGAAUUCAAAGUUCCGAAGUUUAAAAUCCUUUUUGAUUUUGAAGCAUCCAGAGUACUCAAGGGAUCGGGUGUAUAUUUGCCUUUUGAAGAAGACGAGGCAGAGCUGAGAGAGAUGGUGGAUGCUGAUAAGCUUCAUGUUGCAUAUGUUUUUCACAAGUGUUUUGUUGAAGAAGAUGAAGAAGGAACUGAGGCUGCUGCUGUUACUGCUAUUUUGUGCGAGUCUGACGAUGCCGACUCUGAUGAUGAGGAGGUGGAUCCUGUCAAUUUUGUGGCAGAUCAUUAUUUCAUGUUCAUUGUAAGAGAAGAGCAGACUGGCGUGGUGUUGUUCAUGGGGAAUGUCCUUAAUCCUUUGUUAGAUUGGUGA